CCCGGCACGGCGACGAGAGGAGGGGGCUGCCUCGGAGAAUGCCCGGCGCCGACUCACCGCUCCUAGGCACGGGCUGAGCCGGACCCGGAGCGGGCGGCGCGUCGCCAUGCCGGUGUGACGGGCGCCCCCGGCUGCCCGCGCGGUCCCCCGCGCUGCCCCACGCCGCGCCGCGCCGGCGCCGGGCGGAAGGAUGGGCUGUAUCCAAAGCAUUACCUGCAAGGCGCGGAUCCGGCGCGAGAACAUCGUGGUGUACGAUGUGUGCGCCACCAUCGACCAGUGCCCCACGCGCAUCGAGGAGACCUCGCCCAUCGUCCUGCGCUACAAGACCCCCUACUUCAAAGCUUCGGCCCGCGUGGUCAUGCCCCCCAUCCCCCGCCACGAGACCUGGGUGGUGGGCUGGAUCCAGGCGUGCAACCAGAUGGAGUUCUUCAACACCUACAGCGACCUGGGCAUGUCAAGCUGGGAACUGCCUGACUUGAGGGAAGGGAGAGUAAAAGCCAUCAGUGACUCAGAUGGGGUGAGCUACCCUUGGUACGGGAACACCACAGAAACUGUGACCCUGGUUGGCCCCACCAACAAGAUCUCCAGGUUCUCCGUCAGCAUGAAUGACAAUUUCUACCCCAGUGUGACAUGGGCAGUGCCAGUGAGUGACAGCAAUGUGCCACUGCUCACGAGGAUCAAGAGGGACCAAAGUUUCACUACCUGGCUGGUGGCCAUGAACACCACCACGAAAGAGAAGAUCAUUCUGCAGACUAUCAAGUGGAGGAUGAGGGUGGACAUUGAGGUGGACCCUCUUCAGCUCUUGGGGCAACGGGCCCGGCUGGUGGGCAGGACUCAGCAGGAGCAGCCCCGGAUCCUGAGCCGGAUGGAACCUAUCCCCCCCAACGCACUAGUGAAACCCAAUGCCAACGAUGCCCAGGUCCUCAUGUGGAGGCCCAAGCGGGGGCCACCUCUGGUUGUGAUCCCUCCUAAGUAGAAGCAGACUGGCCUGACUGUGUGUGGAGCACACACCACUGAGACACACAGUGAGGUUGCCAGGGGUGGCAGGAGCCAAACUGAGUUUCUGAGCCAAAGCAGACCUCGUGGUUUGCCAGCCUUUGCAGCCACUUGUGAAGAGUAGAGCUGCUCCUUGGGUGGUAGAACCAUAAUCCUUAGGAAAAAUCCCUUCCUUUUAGGAAUAAAGAAAUCACUGAUUUGACAGACUUGCUGUGAUUACCAUGCAAGUAGCCAUAUUUUGGAGCUGACCAGGAUGAUUCUUUGAACUAUUGACCAUUUCUUUCCUGUGAGAUGCAGGGGAUGGAAACAAAAUUAAACAGUGCCUGUGGCAAAUACUGCUUCCCAACCAAUUAGAAGUGGGAGUGAAAACAUCCACACCAGGUGUUUGUAAGACAUACAGUUCCACUGCCCAACUGGAGGGUGCUGGGGAAAGGGGUGGAAGGAAAGUCAGGUGGUGAAGAGAAUGGGCAAUGGAAGGAGGAGGGAAUAAUUUGUUAUUGCAAAAUAAUACCUGUGCAUGUCUUAGUUAAUCAUCAGAUCGUCAACACACUCACUGGAAUGAAAGAAACGCUAAGAAAACUGGAGACAUGAUAUU